CUUAUGUGUCCGGUCGAUUGGCACUUGAUUAUUUUACCGCCUAACCAAAUGAUAAAAAUUCUCACAAGUCAGAUACAGAAAAUUCGAUCGACAAAUUUCCAUGAUCAAAAUUCAUACAUUUCGUUGGCAUUUUAUUCAACUUGAAACCUCAAAACACAAAAAGCACCGACAACGGAUUUUUAGGAGUUGCUGGUUGGAAUGCAUUCGCUGAUGCCGCUGAUGUACCGAAGGCAGAGUUCCCGCCUAAGAGCCCUACAAUGGUCUGCCCAUUCGAGUCAGAGCUUCUUCAAGAUGAGCUUCAAGGCGCCCUCGAUGAAGGCCUGCAAGGCAUCCACCAUCAAGGAGCUGACCAAGAAGCAAUCCCAAUCGCAACCCCAGUCCCAGCCCUUGCAACCUCAGUCUCAAGUGCCACUCACGGCACCCCAGCAAUCCCCACCAGCUCAGCCAGCAGAAAUCCCAAAGAAUUCCCUGCCUCUGGGCACCAUAAACCCUGGACAACCAACUGCCAUUAGUCCGAAACCCUCGGUUCAACCAAAUAUUCCAAAUAUUCCCAAAAUUCCCGAUCAGCGGGCCAAGUGGUUGGCCAAGGUUUCGCCGGAAAUGCAUAAGAAAGCCAAGUUGGCAGCUGAAAAGGGUGCUCCGCCGCCUAGUGGUCCUCCAAAAAAUCAGUUUAAUCAGGGCCACAAUAAUAUUUCCAAUUUUGGUAUGGGUAAUCAAACUUCUGCCUUUGGCGCUCCACCAGCUAGAAACCAGAACCCCUGGCAGCAAAAGGUGGAAAAACAAAAGGACGAAGAUGAGUCCGAUUCCGGCUCAGGAUCUGGGGCUUUCAAGGGCGCCUCUUCUGAGUCGCAGCGAAAAAACUGGAUGAAUCGGAUGCAAGGAUCGCAGCAGAAGAAGCAGAACCAAUGGCUGAAGGAGAUGCAGGCAAAAAUGCAGGCGGGCAAGGAUUUGCAGGCUCAGAAGAUGCAGAAAUUGGGGUCACCAAAGGUGGCCUCACCAUCUGCAGCAGGGGCGGCCCCUCAGGCCCAACCUGCGCCGCCACCACCCUCCGAAGAACCUGAAGAGAAGAGUCCAGAACGCUUGGCCUACUUAGAUGCAGUUAAGCAGCUGAACAGCUAUCAGGUUCUGGAACCCACCUCGGGAAGAGCCACGACCAAAAGUAGUAGGAAAGAGGCGGAUCCGGUGAUAGAGCAAACCAUGGAGUGCCUGGAAAAGACGGGGCUUACCAAGAAGCAGUUGAAAUCUAUACCCGUGAUACAGGUAGCUGGUUCCAAGGGUCGAGGCUCCACGUGUGGCAUAGUGGAGAGUAUUCUGCGAUGCCACGGAGUGAAGACCGGCGUUCUCUGCUCCCCGCACCUCUUCCUGACCAGCGAAAGAAUCCGCAUAGAUGGUGAGCCACUCAGCGAUGUAAAGUUCACGGAGCUCUUUUGGAAGAUCAACACGGAACUUACGAAUACGAAACCCACACCUUCCUAUAACAAACUCAUGACCGUGAUGGCUUUUCACGCCUUUCACGAGUCCGGCGUUGAGGUGGCGAUUCUGGAGGUGGGCAAUGGAGGAGCCAGCGAUGCCACCAACAUAGCCUCGCAUGCCCAGACCAUAGGGAUCACGACCCUGGGUUGGGAGCAGAGCUCCAAUCUGGGCAACUCCCUGAGGGACAUAGCCUGGGCCAAGGCGGCCAUCAUGAAGCCGGAGGCCAAUAUCUAUACGAACGUGAGCCAAACGGAGUGCUGCGAGGUGCUGGCCCAGAAGGCCAAACAAAUUGGCGUACAACUCCAUCGAGUGCCCACCUUCAACGACUACGUAGAGGGCAAUAUGAACAACAAGCUGCUGAUGAACAAGGCCAACUACACGAUGAGAUUGAACGGAUCCCUGGGCAUUCAGCUGGCCUACGAUUUCCUGAGGCGCCACAAGCCCGAGUAUGUGGUGGGCUUGGAUCACAACUCCACGUUGCUCACCCCUGGAGCGAGUCGCGGCAUUGAGAUAUUCGAACAGCCGGGACAGUUUGACUUCAUCCGCCACGACAUGUUCAACGUCUAUCUGGACAGUGCCGAUACCUUCGAGUCCAUGAUGGCCUGCCGGGAUUGGUUCUACGCCAGGACCCGCUCGAACCGGCAGCCCAAGAUCCUGCUCUUCAACAAGGUGAACGAGUUCAAUGCCAAGGAUCUGCUGACCAUCAUCCGCAGUAAUUUGCGCUUCGAAGAGGCCUGUUUCGUACCGAAUCCCAACUUUUUCGAAGGCGAAAUCCUGACCGAGGAUGAUGGAAAGGCCAUGGUGUGGCACGGCAUGGAGGAGCUUCAGAGGGCCAAGAGGAAUGCCGGAAACUGGAGGGCUCUCUGCGAGGAGAACGGCAAGCGGGACAACUCGCAGCUUUCCAUUUCGAUAAGCUCCUUCUUCGAGUACCUGGUCAACAAGUACGGGAAGCAGAAGUACGGAAUGAAGAACGAGCUGGAUGUCUUGGUCACCGGCUCCCGGCAGUUGGUGGCCGCCACCAUUUCGUGUCUCCGGAAAAUGAAGUCGUCGAAUCCCUGGCAGUGAAAGUAGAUCGAAUUUUCCAACUCGUUUUUUCACCUUAAAUUUUGUCGUGCAAGUUUUUGUUUACUCGUUUUUUUAUAAAUACAAUUCUCACAUAUGUAAAGUGGUUGGACAAAUUA